AUGGUGAAGAUCGUGGGGGUCGAAGAACAACAUGAUGCAGGCCCCGACGAUGAUUGCUGCGAGAUAAGUCUUGAGGAAUUCGCUAAGAAAGUGAGCCUGAAGGAAGAUGAUGAUGUGAUUCUCAUCGCAUCAAAAGGAAAGAUCGUUAAAGUGGAAGCAGAUCAAUCGGAGGACUCGCCAAAAGCAUAUGAUGGCUAUGACACUGAUACUGAGGGCGAGAGCUCAUGCAACCUUGGCUCUGGUGGUAGAGGGCAACAAGCUGCUGCUGGUGAUUGCGUGGACAACCCAUGUAAGAUCGAAGAAGAUGAGACGAGACUCCUUAAGGUUAAAGUUGAGGACAUGUUUGUGAUUGGGAAGCCUUCUGGUGGCUGCGACAAAAAUGAGCGCAGCUGCAACGCUGCCAACGUAAUUCCGGGCGUGCUGGUGCCUGCAGUGAAGUGCGAACCUGUUGGUGGCAAUGGCGUGGAAGCUGCCGAAGAAGAUUCAUAUGACCACUGCCUUGAGGUGGCCCAUGAGAAGCGGAUAUUUGACGAGGACGAUGACGAGGACGUCGUUGUAGUCUGA